AAAUUAAAGCCCGGACCCAGACCUGGUAUUUCCCGGCCUGAUUUUCAAUACCCGGGUUUUCUACCUCCCCGGUAAGAAAAAUCAAUUCAUCUGAAUACAACGAGUCAACGAUAAUCCGAAUCAGAUGAAGAGUAUCGUUGCCUAGAAGAACAGAAAAAAGGAAACUACCAGUUGUAGACACUAAGCGAGAGAACCUGAGUGCAUAGAGAGAAAAAAAAUGUACCUGAAGAAGCCACUAUGGAGCGAAACGACGUCGAAACAGACCUCCUCCUCAACGGAAUCUGAACCGACUGCCGUUUCAGAGCUCAUCAACUCCCUUACCAAACAACGUCUCUACCGUGAAAUCACUCUCGCUCUCCGUAACGGCCUCCGUGACGCGCGUGCCGACUUCUCCUUCCUCCGCCUCCGUGGCCUCCGUUCUCUUCUCAAAAUUCUCCGCUCCGUUGCCCAAUCUGACUCCACUAUUAACCUCUUUUGCCACUCCCAAUCCCUCCCCGAUCUUCAAGUUGUACCUGUUUUGUUUCAACAUUCGUUUAAAGAAGAGUCGGUGGAGGAUAGAGUAACGAGUUUGGAUCAUAUAUUCAGUGUGGACCCAAUGAAGAUAACGAGUCCUUCAACGGACGCUGAAGUUGCUCUUGCGCUUCGGGUUUUGGAAGGUUGUUGUUUGCUUCACACAGAGAGCACUGAUUUAGCCCAUCAGCACAAGGCCAUUCAGGUUUUAAUGAAUAUUAUGUCAUCUCGAGGAGAACUCGAGCAAGGAGCAUGCUUGGAUGCUCUAAUUUCAAUAAUGCUGGAUUCUUCUGCCAAUCAAAUGGAUUUUGAGGCAUACAAUGGCAUUGAGGAAGUUGCAGAUCUCAUAAGAGACAAGCAAGUGGAUGAAAAUCUCAGGUUGAAAUGUGGAGAAUUCUUGCUAUUACUCAUUGGGCAUCUAAAUGGGAGGGAAAGGUCUCCCAUGGCCACCAUACAUGAAGACAUAAGGCGACUUCUUGGUGAAAAAUCUGCUUCAUUGAUAUGGGCAGCAAGUCAAUUUGGCUCUACCCUUAAUCCAGAUGAGAGACUGACAGCUUUACACAUUCAAGCUCGCAGGGUUUUAGAAUCUCUGGACCUGUACUAAUUCUAAUACUGAAU